UUUAAAGGGGCCGCGCCGGCGGCGCUGGGCGGAACGCUAGUGGAGUUGGCGCAGAGUGGACCCCGGCUGCAGCCCCUGGGUGAGUCCGGGUUUCCUUCGUCCCCCGCAGUGGCGUCCCUUCGGGGGUCGUUAGCGAGUCCUUGGCAUUCCCAAGAUCUGUCCACCGAUUCCCAGUAGCCCUUGAUGUUCUGACGCUCCCAUCCCCCCAGCUCCCGACAAGUGUUUUCGCAUCGGUAGCCAGGUGCGCCCCACAGUAGAAGGGGACUAGACCCCCGCAAAUUUUCCAGGUAGUGUCUCAAGGGCCAAGUGACUCCCAAAUUUCUAUUAAUACUCCAGAAGCAGCCUCAGCCUCCCAGAAAACUCUCAGUAAUAUUACAGUAUUCGUCGGUAUCAUGCUUGAAUGACUCCAGAGACGUGCCCAUUCAGGUUCCGGUCUUCCCAGUAAUAGUCCUGUGGUCCUCAGAAUCUUAGUAACUUUCCAGCGAUCACGAGUAAUUCCAGCGUCCCUGGUUACGUAUCCCAGCAAUGGCGCCAGCAUCGCUCGCAGAAUCUCAAUGAUGCUCUGCACCGUCAAAGACCCGGACUUCAGAUUACCAGACCUGACGCCCAGCCAGAGGCAACUGAUGGAGGCCCCUCUGCAAACCGGAGUGGUGCUGGGCGUGAUGAUCGGGGCUGGAGUCGCGGUGCUGGUCACGGCCGUGCUCAUCCUCCUGCUGGUGCGGAGGCUUCGAGUGCCGAAAACCCCAGCCCCGGAUGGCCCGAGGUAUCGAUUCCGGAAGAGAGACAAAGUACUUUUCUAUGGCCGGAAGAUUAUGCGGAAGGUAUCACAAUCCACUUCUUCCCUGGUGGACGCCUCGGUCUCCACCGCUUCCCGGCCACGAAUGAAGAAAAAACUUAAGAUGCUCAACAUCGCCAAGAAGAUCCUGCGCAUCCAGAAAGAGGCGCCAACACUGCAGCGGAAGGAGCCCCCACGCGUGCUGGAGGCUGACCUGACAGAGGGGGACCUGGCCAACUCCCACCUGCCCUCUGAGGUGCUCUACAUGCUCAAGAACGUCCGGGUGCUGGGCCACUUUGAGAAGCCGCUCUUCCUGGAGCUGUGCCGGCACAUGGUCUUCCAGCGGCUCGGCCAGGGUGACUACGUCUUCCGGCCGGGCCAGCCUGAUGCCAGCAUCUACGUGGUACAGGACGGGCUGCUGGAGCUCUGUCUGCCGGGACCUGAUGGGAAGGAGUGUGUGGUGAAGGAGGUGGUUCCUGGAGACAGUGUUAACAGCCUCCUUAGCAUCCUGGAUGUCAUCACCGGUCACCAGCACCCCCAGCGGACUGUGUCUGCCCGGGCGGCCCGAGACUCCACAGUGCUGCGCCUGCCGGUUGAAGCCUUCUCUGCAGUCUUCACCAAGUACCCUGAGAGCCUGGUGCGGGUGGUGCAGAUCAUCAUGGUCAGGCUGCAACGGGUCACUUUUCUGGCGCUUCACAACUACCUGGGUCUGACCAAUGAGCUCUUCAGCCACGAGAUCCAGCCCCUGCGCCUAUUCCCCAGCCCGGGGCUCCCAGCCCGCACCAGCCCUGUGCGUGGCUCCAAGCGGGUGAUCAGCACAUCAGCUGCUGAUGAGCCCAGGGAGACUCCUGGCCGGCCGCCUGACCCCACUGGGGCCCCACUGCCUGGACCUCCAGGGGAGCUGGUGAAGCCCACGUCCCUGGAAGCCCCCUCGGCCCCCUUGCUGAGUCGCUGCAUCUCCAUGCCAGUGGACAUCUCAGGCUUGCAGGGUGGCCCCCGCUCAGACUUUGACAUGGCAUAUGAGCGUGGCCGGAUCUCCAUGUCCUUGCAGGAAGAGACCUCAGGGGUGAUUCAGGCAGCCCCUGCUAGGACCCCUACUCAGGAGCUGCGGGAGCAGCCGGCAGGUGCCUGCGAGUACAGCUACUGCGAGGAUGAGUCGGCCACCGGCAGGUGCCCCUUCGGGCCCUACCAGGGCCGCCAGACAAGCAGCAUCUUUGAGGCAGCAAAGCAGGAGCUGGCCAAGCUGAUGCGGAUUGAGGACCCCGCCCUUCUCAAUAGCCGAGUCUUGCUGCAUCACGCCAAAGCUGGUACCAUCAUUGCCCGCCAGGGGGACCAGGAUGUGAGCCUGCAUUUUGUGCUCUGGGGCUGCCUGCACGUCUACCAGCGCAUGAUCAACAAGGCUGAGGACGUGUGCUUGUUCGUCGCACAGCCUGGGGAACUGGUGGGGCAGCUGGCUGUGCUCACUGGUGAACCCCUUAUCUUUACACUGCGAGCCCAGCGCGACUGCACCUUCCUGAGGAUCUCCAAGUCUGAUUUCUAUGAGAUCAUGCGUGCACAGCCCAGUGUGGUGCUGAGCGCUGCGCACACUGUGGCUGCGAGGAUGUCACCCUUCGUGCGCCAGAUGGACUUCGCCAUCGACUGGACGGCAGUGGAGGCAGGACGUGCUCUGUACAGGCAGGGAGACCGUUCUGACUGCACCUACAUCGUGCUCAAUGGUCGGCUGCGUAGUGUCAUCCAGCGUGGCAGCGGCAAGAAGGAGCUGGUGGGCGAGUAUGGCCGCGGGGAUCUCAUAGGAGUGGUGGAAGCACUGACAAGGCAGCCACGCGCCACGACGGUGCACGCAGUGCGUGACACGGAGUUGGCCAAACUCCCUGAGGGCACUCUGGGCCACAUCAAACGUCGAUACCCACAGGUCGUGACUCGCCUUAUCCACCUUUUGAGCCAGAAAAUUCUGGGGAAUUUGCAGCAGCUGCAAGGACCCUUUCCAGGCUCGGGACUUGGUGUCCCCCCUCACUCGGAGCUCACCAACCCAGCCAGCAACCUGGCAACGGUGGCAGUGUUGCCUGUGUGUGCCGAGGUGCCCAUGGUGGCCUUCAUGCUGGAGCUGCAGCAUGCUCUACAAGCCAUCGGCCCUACACUCCUCCUCAACAGUGACAUCAUCCGGGCGCGCCUGGGGGCUUCUGCACUGGACAGCAUCCAAGAAUUCCGGCUGUCAGGAUGGCUGGCCCAGCAGGAGGACACGCACCGCAUCGUGCUCUACCAGACAGACACAUCGCUGACGCCCUGGACCGUGCGUUGCUUGCGCCAGGCCGACUGCAUCCUCAUCGUGGGCCUGGGCGACCAGGAACCCACACUCGGCCAGCUGGAGCAGAUGCUGGAGAAUACGGCCGUGCGCGCCCUCAAGCAGCUGGUCCUGCUGCACCGUGAGGAAGGCCCGGGCCCCACGCGCACAGUGGAGUGGCUCAACAUGCGCAGCUGGUGCUCAGGGCACCUGCAUCUGCGCUGUCCGCGCCGCCUUUUCUCGCGCCGCAGCCCUGCCAAGCUGCAUGAGCUCUACGAGAAGGUUUUCUCGAGGCGCGCGGACCGGCACAGCGACUUCUCUCGCCUGGCGCGAGUGCUCACAGGCAACACCAUCGCCCUUGUGCUGGGUGGGGGCGGAGCCAGGGGCUGCUCACAUAUUGGGGUGCUGAAGGCAUUGGAGGAGGCGGGGGUCCCUGUCGACCUGGUGGGCGGCACGUCCAUCGGCUCUUUCAUCGGGGCCCUGUAUGCGGAGGAGCGGAGCGCGAGCCGCACUAAGCAGCGUGCCCGGGAGUGGGCCAAGAGCAUGACUUCGGUGCUGGAGCCCAUGCUGGACCUCACCUACCCCGUCACCUCCAUGUUCACGGGGUCAGCCUUCAACCGCAGUGUCCACCGGGUCUUCCAGGACAAGCAAAUCGAGGAUCUGUGGCUGCCAUACUUCAACGUCACCACAGACAUCACCUCCUCAGCCAUGCGUGUCCACAAAGAUGGCUCCUUGUGGCGAUACGUGCGUGCCAGCAUGACCCUCUCAGGCUACCUGCCGCCACUGUGCGACCCCAAGGACGGGCACCUCCUCAUGGACGGCGGCUACAUCAACAACCUGCCAGCGGACAUUGCCCGCAGCAUGGGUGCCAAGACAGUCAUCGCCAUUGACGUGGGGAGCCAGGAUGAAACAGACCUCAGCACCUACGGGGACAGCCUGUCUGGCUGGUGGCUGCUGUGGAAGCGGCUGAACCCCUGGGCAGACAAGAUCAAGGUUCCAGACAUGGCUGAGAUCCAGUCUCGCCUGGCCUAUGUGUCCUGCGUGCGGCAGCUGGAGGUCGUGAAGUCUAGCUCCUAUUGCGAGUACCUGCGCCCACCCAUUGACUGCUUCAAGACCAUGGACUUCGGGAAGUUUGACCAGAUCUAUGAUGUGGGCUACCAAUACGGGAAGGCGGUCUUUGGGGGCUGGAGCCGCGGCGACAUCAUUGAAAAGAUGCUCACGGACCAGCGAUCUGCUGACCUUAAUGAGAGCCGCCGUGCAGAUGUACUCGCCUUCCCCAGCUCCGGCUUCACCGACUUGGCUGAGAUCGUGUCCCGGAUCGAGCCCCCCACCAGCUACGUUUCUGAUGGCUGUGCUGAUGGAGAGGAGUCGGACUGCCUGACAGAGUACGAGGAGGAUGCAGGACCUGAUUGCUCACGGGAUGAAGGCGGCUCUCCCGAGGGCGCGAGCCCCAGCACCGCCUCCGAGAUGGAGGAGGAGAAGUCGAUUUUGCGGCACCGGCGCUGUCUGCCGCAGGACCCCCCCAGCUCAGCUGCGGAUGCCUGAGGACCUCGGUGGGUGGGAGGGGCUGGGGCUGAACUAGGGGUGAGUCCUGUGGAGGUGGCUCACUCACCCUCUGCCUGCUGCUAUGCCUGUGACACCCCUUCUGGGUCCCCUUUGGCCCCCCCAGCCCCCAGGGCCCACACACUGAACUGCCCUGUCCCCCAAGGGAGGGUCGUGUUGCACUGAUGACCUUGGUCAGUCACUCCAAUAAACCUUCCCCUCUCGGAA